CAAGCCCACCUCCCGUCACUGUCACAAUUUUCUCCUCGCUUGACUCGCUCUUUUCCUUCGCCUUUUGUCUAGCUCAGCCAGUGCCAGAGGGAGACAGUUAACAGAGAAAAAACGAAACGAGGCCGACGACCGAGCUUGACUAGGAACACAGCCGAAAGCGAAAAAAUAGAGGAGCCACCUCCCCCUCUGUUCCCCCUCUGAACAGCCCAAUUCAUUGCUCCGUCUCCUUAGCAGGAUUUGCGCUACUGAUGCUGCGCUACUGAAAACCUCCUAGAAAACAUACAAAGCACGCGGUCUCGCGUAGGUGGCCUAUAGGAUAAAGAACAGACAGAAAUUACUAUUCGACUGCCUGAAACCCGCAUUUGUAAGAUGACCCGGCAUUUCAAUUGUCUGGGUACUGCGGCUUGCAUCCUGCCGCACGCUUCCUCUCACUUCUAGCUCAGCAUCCAUAUUUUUCGCAUCUCCGUGUGUGGCUGUAGGGAGUGGCAGGCUACUGAUAAAUCGCGAGCGUUUUUGCUGUGUCUCCCAGGAAACGUCAGAGUUUUUCCACGACCACAGGAUAUAUUUGGUAAACUUGGAUAUUAAAGGUGAAAUGGGAGGGGAAGUUCAGCAUUCUAACGCCUAACACUUACAUCAGAGCCCCCGAAAGCCAGGGAACUUCAGUAUACGUGUCCACAGAAAGCUAUGAAUAUGCUGAAGCCGAGUGGACUAAAGAUUCCUGGAAGAGGCCCAAAGCACUCCAGUCCUGUGGGACGAUCUUCUGCUGGGUCAUCUUCUGGCACAACAGCGCAGAAAGACAGCCCUCCAAGCAAGCAGACCACCCCAACGCCGAGCAACGCUUCGGACAAGUCCAGCUCCAAGGUGUCCGAGGUCGGGGACGACGUCCUGGGAGACUACGUGGUUGGCGAGCGGGUGUGGGUGAACGGUGUGAAGCCAGGGUGCAUCCACUACCUAGGGGAGACUCAGUUUGCCCCAGGACAGUGGGCAGGGGUUGUGCUGAACGAACUGGUGGGCAAGAACGAUGGCUCGGUGGGGGGCGUGCGCUAUUUCGAGUGCCAGCCCCAUCAGGGCAUUUUCACCCGGCCCUCCAAGCUCUCCCGACAGCUGGUCGGGGACGGGAGCGAUGCUCAGUCCACCGAGUCGCUCACCACCCAGAACCUGACUCUCCACGGCGGCUCGGCCCCCUCUGCCCAGCGUGUGGUGAUGCCCCUGCGGGAGGGCAUGCUCAACAGCUCGGUGAAGACGGGCAACGAGUCAGGCUCCAACAUGUCUGACAGCGGCUCCGUCAAGAAAGGAGGGGAUAAGGACCUCAGAGUUGGAGACCGUGUGCUGGUUGGUGGCACUAAAACAGGUGUGGUACGGUACGUUGGAGAGACUGAUUUUGCCAAGGGGGAGUGGUGCGGGGUUGAGUUGGACGAGCCGCUGGGAAAGAACGAUGGAGCGGUGGCUGGCACCAGGUACUUCCAGUGCCCGCCAAAGUUUGGCCUCUUCGCCCCCAUCCACAAGGUGAUCCGCAUUGGCUUCCCCUCCACCAGCCCGGCCAAGGCCAAGAAGAGCAAGCGCAUGGCCAUGGGCGUCUCCUCCCUGGCCCACAGCCCCAGCAGCUCCUCCAUCAGCUCCGUCAGCUCCGUGGCCUCCUCGGUGGGGGGGCGGCCCAGCCGCACCGGUCUGCUGACGGAGACAUCAUCGCGGUAUGCCCGCAAGAUCUCGGGCACGACCGCGCUGCAGGAGGCCCUGAAGGAGAAGCAGCAGCACAUCGAGCAGCUCCUGGCGGAGAGGGACCUGGAGAGGGCCGAGGUGGCCAAAGCCACCAGCCACAUCUGCGAGGUGGAGAAAGAACUGAGCGUGCUCAAAGCCCAGCACGCGCAGUAUGCAACAGAGACUGAGAACAACCUGCAGCAAGUGCGAACUCUACUGGCUAGCACACAGAAGGACAAAUUUGAACUAGCCAAUCAGCUUGAGGAGGAAAAAAGGAAAGUGGAGGACCUUCAGUUUAGAGUGGAGGAGGAGUCUAUUACCAAAGGAGACUUGGAGACUCAGACGAAAUUGGAGCAUGCCCGUAUUCGGCAGCUCGAACAGAGUCUGCUGUUAGAAAAGUCGAAAGCGGAAAAACUUCUGAAAGAAUUAGAGGAAAAGAGGCAAACCACGGAGGAAGAGAAGAGCCGGGUCUUGCAGCUGGAAGAGGAGCUGACACUGCGCAAGGCCGAGAUCGGGGAGCUGCAGGCUCGGCUGAAGAGCCCCAACACGUCCGAGCUGGGCGAGCCAGGGCCCGGGCUGCGCAGCGAGGCCUUCCUGCUGCGGGAGCAGCUGAUGACGGCCGGCCGCGAGCAUCACAGGGAGAGCUCCCAGCUGCGCGAGAAGUACGAGGCCGAGCUGGGCGAGGCCAGGCGCGAUGUUGAGCGGCUGCAGGCCACCGUCAACAAGCAGGCCCAGGAGAUCAGCGAGCUGAAGCAGAGGCUGCAGCAGGCCACGCGCGAGAACAUGGAGAUGAUGGACAGCUGGAAGUCCAAGCUGGACACUCUGGUGAACGACCACCAGCGUUCCCUGGAAGACCUGAAGGCCUCGCUGACCACGGACGUCACUAAGGAUGGCCAGGGCAAGGACUUGGUGGAGCUGCGGACGGCCCUGGAGAGCCUCAGGAUGGAGCACCAACUGGAAGUGGAGAACCUGAAAGCCAAGCGCGAGAUCGAGGUGGCAGUCCUAGCCAAGGAGAAAGAGGACCAGAGAGCCAGGCUGCAGCAGGCCCAAGAGGAGCUGGAGGAGAGCAAGGAGAGCUGGACGAGGCAGGCAGAGCUCAGGGCCUCACACCACGCCCUGGAGUUGAAGGAGGCUAGCGACAAACUGCAGAAGGCCGAGCUGAGGCUCUGCGAAGUGGAGAAGCUCCAGGGGGAGUGCAAGGAGCAGGCCCAGGCCAAAGGACUCCUGGAAGAGAAGCUGUCACUGGCCGAGAAGAAAAUGGUGGACUACGAGGCCCUGCAGAAGGCAGAGGCAGCCAGCCGGACAGAGAUCAGCAGUCUGCAGGAGAAGCUGAGGGUGACUGAAAACCGCCUGCAGGCCCUGGAGGCUCACGACACACCUCAGGAUGCUAAUAUGAUAGAAAAUAACGACAUCUCUGAAGAGAAGAUGAAUUUAAAGCAGACUGUAGAAGAGACCAUGGAGAAACUAACAAAGAGAGAAAAAGAAGUGUCCACAUUGACAUCACAAGUUGAUGCCCUCAAAUCACAAAUGACAGCUAUGGAGAGUAAGAUUCGCUCCGGGGAGAAGAAAGCUGAUGCUCUCCACCGGGAAAAGAUGCGCUUGGAGACCGAGCUGGAGACCAUGACCAAGAAAUCCCAUGAUGCCUCAGGGCAACUGGUUCUUAUUAGCCAGGAGCUCCUUAAGAAAGAAAAGAGCCUGAAUGAGCUGAGGGUGUUGCUGCUGGACUCACCCCGACACUCUCCAGGCCUGGACAGGGACCUGAGCCGGGAAGUGCACAAGGCCGAGUGGAGAGUUAAGGAGCAGAAACUACAGGACGACAUCAAGACCCUGCGGGAGAAGCUACUGCUCCUGGGCCGGGAGCGGUCUUCCCCAGACCACCGCAGGUACUCCAUGAUGGACCCGGCGGCCUCCGAACUGGAGGUUGCGAGGCUGAAACAGAGGCUGCUGAACACGGAAGAAGCUCUGAGGAACGCCCUGGAGCACAACCAGCACGUGGACCAGCUGGUGCAGGCCAUGCGCACCCAUCCUGAGAAAACUCAGAUGAGGCUUGCAGAUAUGACUGUGGCACAAGGGAGUGCAAAUUCAGCCAAUGGGAUUCAUGAGCAGGACAAGUCUUUUACACAAGAAGAAAAACACUGAUGAAGGACAGCAUCAGGUUAUGUUGGUGGCUUUGGAAAUUUGUGGAGGUCCAUUGUCAAAAGGGAGAAGAUGGUCUCAUGUUUAUUGGGGAGUGGUACUUACGUUUCAACGGACACUUGAAGACAUUUUACGUUUACAGUUAUUACCAAAACCAUGGCUUGAUUUGUCAGAGACAAGUAAAAUCUGUGACUAAAACAGCUGAUGACAGAUAAUCAAACCCCCCUUAAAUAUCCACUAAUCAUACACGGAGGUGAUAAAUUCAUGGUACGAUGACUUGCUACUUUUAGCAACCUUUCCAGACUACCUCCAACAAUAAUAAUAUUGGACACUAAAAUCAUGUCUGAGGGCAAUACUUUAAAUGGGUCAGAAGACUGGAACCACACAAUGUCACUAAACUGGAACAACUUGGAUUCUCUUCUAGAGGAUUUAAUUGAAACCAUCUGAUGAUUUGCUGAUUUGCCUUCUGUAGACUUUCUGUAGAAAUUUUGAUACCGGUUGAAGUUAGUCCAGAUUUUAGGCUGAAUUGAACCUUUUUUAUUUAUUUGCUGUGCUGCCAUUCUGUUUCUGAUUGGCCAAUGGCAAGCACAUGUAGACUUUUGAACAACCGGCUAAACCUCAUCUGCUUUAUAGGACCUGCUUCAUUUCCCCCCAGCGUCUGUUAUGUACAUGUGAAUAAAAAUGAAAAGGCUGCCAUAAUUCCAUUGGGGCCUGUUUUGUGAGUAUUUGAAUAUAUAUUCUUUGGACCUGUGCAUUAUACAAUAUUUAAUCCUACCGAGUAAAUCCCAACUGAAUCGGUGCAGUAGCAUUUAAUAGCUUUUAGCAUAAUGACUUGCUAGCUGCUGUUAACUGAACUGUAUGGAAUUGCACCAUGGUUAUGCUUGACUUGACAUUGGUGAACUACACCACUUCUUGUUUUUUAAUAUAGAAACAGAAUGAAUGGGUUGGAAAGAGAACUUUAUUUAAACACCAGUAUUAGGAUUUGUUAUAAAGGCUUAGUAAAACUGUUUCCUGUGUUCUUAGACAGACCCUACAAUACCUUGUGGAAUUCUGUCAGGAUCAAUGGGUGAGAGCAAAUUUUGCCUUCAAUUCAACUCCUGUAUUGCUUGAAAUAAACCCAGAAGUUCAACAGGCCACUUUCUGAGGUGAAGAAUCCAGAUUUUAUUUUCAACAGUGAAAGUCAUAAUGUAUGUCUAAACUAUGUCUUCCAUUUUUUAUUCAUCUUCUUUUUAAACAGUCUCCAUCGUAGUCCAUUACAGUAUUUACUGGAGAUUUCCUAAUACAAUGGGAAACCUGAAAAGGCUAGGAAAGGGUUACAGUGCCAAUAGUUUCUCACAAUUGUCCAGAACCUGUUUUUGAGGGUGAAUAACAAGUGUCAGUUUAUAUAAGCAUGCCUCAUUAGUAGUCAAACGCUUUUUGCUUAAAUCUAAGUUGGUGACGUAGCAUUUUUCCCUUUGUGUGCUUUUAUUUUACCAAUCACACAAACAUUUUAACUAUGAAAAAGUCAAUGGAGUGUUAAAUUUAAAAUCUUCUAAAUUAUUUAUUGUAUUCAGAACUUGGUUAUAUUAUGAAGUACAUAAAGGUUAUGCUAGCACACAGGCUUUAAACAUGGCACACUUGCUAUUCAAACCGUCAAAAACAGGUUCAAGACCAUCAUCAGUAUAAUUUACCAGUAUAAAAUAACGUUUAUAAAUCCACCCAUUGAGUUUCCAGACCUCCACAGACUGAGGCAUAUUUGAUAUUUUCAGAAUCUUUAUAGACAUGAACAAGAAGAAAUACCCCAAAGACGUAUGAACUCUAUGACCUUUUGUGAUGCACAGUGAGGUAAAAACCUGAUAGGCCUGCCCCCAGUCAGCACUGGUGAAUUUACAACUUUGUCUUUGUCAUGAAACACAAUAUUUCUCAACUGUAACCCUCUACAUACCAUGUGGUUCUGUAACUCAAUGGUUUUUGAGACUCUUGGUCAUUAAAUAUUAACAAUGUGGGCAA